AUGCCAAACGGGAAGAGAAAAGAGUGUUUCAGUUUUGGGGACGAUUCUUGGCAUUUUGAGAAUUUUUCACAGACUCCGAGAUCUAUUGAUGAUGACUGCAAUCAUAUUCAGCGGAAGCGUCUCUGUUGUGGACUAGAAGCAUUGACUAAAGUACCCCUUGCUGGAUUUCAACCCACAACUGGAGCUCAAAAUAACCAAACUACUGGAUCAGUGACGGGGAUUUCACAUUCUAAUUUUACACAACCAGAUGUAACAGUGAAUCAGUCAGAGCGAAACCAUUCUGAAAUGGAAAUUGAUAUCCAGGUGCCUCAAACGAAGCAAAGUCCUAUGAAGACUGUACAGUGUCCAAGAUGUGCGUCCGGAGAACCAGGUCAUAUCAACCAUAUACUUGGAUGUUAACAAAUCAAUGAUAAACAUUUACACAACUUGGAACAUACUCGUACAUGGGACACUUCAACAAUCUGAAUCAUACUGCAGUGUGUAUCUAGCUGACAUUUCAACAAAUCUGCACUGAACUUUCUUAGGAAUGUGUAGAUAGAAAGUCAAGGAGUAAAGAAUUGAGUUAUUGAGUACAGUAUACUGUGAAUCUAAGAGGAGCUAGAAUUAUAGCUACUACUAAUAGUUAGUUUUAGUUAGUGUAUAUGGGAUAGUCCGGGCACAAUGUAUAGCAGUCGCAGGGGAACUGCAGGGAUAAACCGCAAGUUAAACAAACAUGCAUCUACGAUCCUCAUCUGUGGGAUUUUCCUAUUUUUCAGUGGGAUCUUGUACUUGUCUUUGUGCAAGAUGCCAUGUGAAGACACUGAUGCCGUUUUAGAUGCAGAAGAGACUCGUCUUGGUGAGGCAGAUGAUGAAGCAAUACAAGCCAACUGGCCACUUUGGGAUUUCCCAAAACCACAAGGAAAGUUGAAGGCUUUCCUCGUUAUUCUUGUCAUGUCAUCACCAGAUGGUAUACAGCGACGUGAUGCCAUAAGAGAGACUUGGUUGUCGGAGCAUCCUGAUGACAUACAACCGUUCUUUGUAAUAGGAUCGGGAAAUCUCACUCCAAAACAGAUAAAGCAUCUCGCACAUGAAAAUGAUCACGAACAUGAUCUCUUACUCUUGAGAAACGUAAAUGAUUCAUAUUUUGCCCUGACCAGUAAACUGUUAGAGAGUAUAGUAUGGCUUGAUAAACAUGUGGAUUAUAAGUUUGUUAUGAAAGCCGACGAUGAUACAUUUGCACGUUUGGACGUAAUAGUUCCCGAACUUAGAGAAAAGGAGCCUAAAAGACUGUACUGGGGUUUCUUUGAUGGUCGUGCUAAAGUUAAACAGACUGGUCAAUGGGCAGAAAAAUCUUGGGUUCUAUGUGACACAUACCUGCCUCAUGCUAGAGGAGGUGGUUAUUUUCUAUCAUCUGAUUUAGCUCACUACGUAUCAAUAGGUGCAAAAUUCUUAAAGAAAUUCAACAGUGAAGAUAUAUCAAUGGGUGCAUGGUUAAGUGCAGUAGAGGUCAACCGUGUCCAUGACCCUAGAUUUGACACAGAGUACAUGUCCAGGGGAUGUUUCAAUGCCUACAUAGUCACCCAUAAGCAAGGCAUUGCUGAUAUGAAAGCUAAACACAAGCGUUUACAAGAAAGUAAAGGGACCAGGAUGUGUGAAAAUGAAGUUAGAGUACGACUGUCAUAUAAUUAUAAUUGGAAUGUACCACCUUCAAAAUGUUGUAUAAGGAACGAUUCUAAUGUUUUAUAAUGCAUUCAUGCUUAAGUUAAAGUUAAGAUCUCAACCAUGACACAAAAUUGUAUCAUGUGACUCGUAACGUUUUUUGAUUUUGAUGCAAAAUGAUUUUGUAUGACUCAAAUGUACUUUGAUCAUGACACAAAAUUAUACCAUGUGUUGAUGUGACCCACAUACAAAUUGAUCAUAACGCAAUAUUGUACAACCAAAGGAUUCACAUGUAAAUUGAUUGAAUAUGAUUCCAUGUGACCAAUUGAUUGUGACUAUAAGAUAAUAUGGUUCCAUGGGACUAGCUUGGUAUUAGUAUCAUGACACAAUAUAGUGCCAUAAUUUGAUGUACUCCACAUGUAAUUUCAUCGUAAUUUUACAUCACUCUGAGUGAUAGUGGCAAUCAUGUCUGAAUGAUGUGUUGUAUUGUUGUAAAUUGAGUGUUCCACCUUAACACUGUCCCCUCCCUUUCAUUCAACUCUUCCAAUUUGAUAGAAUUAAGCAUAAUUCACCUUGAGACGCAUGAUUCAUACAUGAGUGCGUAAGGCAUACAUGAGUGCAUAAUGCAUACAUACGUGCAUAAUGCAUACAUGAGUGCAUAACGCAUACAUGAGUGCAUAAUGCAUACAUGAGUGCAUAACGCAUACAUGAGUGCAUAAUGCAUACAAGAGUACAUAAGGCAUACAUGGGUGCAUAAUUCAUACAUGAGUGCAUAAUUCAU